AUGUUUCACUUACUUGUUACGCUUCUACCGACUUACAUACUUCUACCGACUGACGCCACUGAUUCAGUAACACCUCGCUGUGGAUCGCAGUUGAUCACAAUCGAAGUGAAAUUCAAUCCAAACUACUAUCCAGACGGCAAGUUCACGGAUUGGAUCGUCGUCGGUGUUUCAGGCCGACCAGAAUGUCGUCUACGUGGAAAUGGCGAAACUCAAUAUGUCAUAGAAAUCGCUGUUUUCAAUGAUCCAUGCCUUACACAAAUGCCAGCACCUGGCGUUUUUCAAAAUCGUAUUCGGAUAGGGCAAAAUCCGGCUGUAAUACUUCAAGGCGAUCAAACUCUCACUGUCAAAUGUGUGUACGGUUUACCAGAAGUUGAAACUCUUCCAUUACCGGUUAUCAAUCCUAAUUUCAAUAUUGAAAGUGGAGCAACAUCCUCCGUUGGUCUACCGUUCGGUGCUAUUAUUCCAACUACUCACACUCUCACUGGCACACAUCCUCAACCACAAUCUGGUACUGGUUCUGGUAGGACAGGUUCAUCGGCGAUAGGUAUUUCGGACACUUCUCAGAGUGUUGAUAGGGAGGCCAUCGACGCUUCCAAUCUUAAUAGCCAACUGGAGGAACUGCUGAAAGCGCCAAAACAUCAAUAUCAAUUCCAGACAAGGGGAAGCACACAAUAG